AGAGACUUGGCCGAGGAAUAGAAACAUGGCGGAUGAUACUGGGUAAUGGACAAUGCCGAUGAGAGAUCAAAUUAACCUUAAACGAUGGAUAAUACUUGUAUUUCUUUUGAUGAUCUCUAUGACUUUUCUAUUUCUACAAUUAUUGUCUCUAAAAGCAAUCGAUAGUACGCUGCUUUCAAGAUUUCAAGCGUUAAAGAGCUUGCAGGGACUUCUUUCCAAUCGUGGACGGAAGAAUGAUGUACUGAACCAACUAGAGGUAUUCACAGAUGUUGGACAGAAACAUGGGGCUCCAUUAUUUUUAUUUCACCCACUGUUAUUUGACCCACAAGUAUCUGAAGUGAUCCAGCCUGAAACAAAUGGAUGUAGGCUGUUGUGUGGACAUGAACGUUUUGUAUUUGGUGUGAUAAAUUCAAAAUGGGAAAAAGGACAGAGGAAUUCACUUUCAACAUUAAUAUCCCGUUUUAUGUCAGGCCUCCACACCCAAGGUUUCCUUACUGCCUGUGAUAAAGUUCCAGAACCAUGGUUUGAUUCAAGUAAAGAUUUUUUGAGUAUCAAGUCCAUUUUAUCUUCAUGUAAUAUUACCAAGGCUGACGUAGUUAUAAAGCUGGUCAUAUUUUAUGACAGGAAAUCUUAUUUGUGGCGAGGACCUAUUCAAGGAAUUACUGCAGCUACAUUGUUCAAAUAUCCUGCAGCUCAUAGCAGGUUCCCCAUUGAGGAAAAAGUUAUAGAUGGAAUACCCAUCAGCAUUCCCUCCAAUCCAAAGAAGCUUACCUCAGAGACUAGCCAGUCACAAUUUACAGGUUGUAAUCUCAGUAAUGCUCAAGCAUAUUACGGCAAAUAUGGAAGAGAUGUUUCCCAAGAUGCAGUCCUUUUUAAAAAGAAAGCAUUAGAAGUUUUGUCCACAGCCAUCAAUACUCUGGAUCACCUGGGUGUUAGAUUUUGGCUUAGCAGUGGAACAUGUUUAGGUUGGUUCAGGCAGUGUGAUAUUAUUCCCCAUAGUAAAGAUGUUGACCUUGGUAUUUGGAUCAAGGACUAUAAUUCACUUCUUAUAGCUGAAUUUGAAAAAAGUGGACUGCUUUUAAAACACAGAUUCGGCCGGAUAGACGAUAGCUUUGAGUUAUCCUUUAGAACAGAAGAGGAUUAUGUGAAGUUAGAUAUUUUCUUUUUCUACGAAGAAAAGGAAUACAUGUGGAAUGGUGGAACACAGGCUAAAACGGGGAAAAAAUUCAAGUACAUCUUUCCAAAAUUUACUCUUUGUUGGACAGAGUUUCUCCUAAUGAAGGUGCGAAUUCCUUGUGAAACAGAAUCUUAUAUCAUGGCAAACUACGGCAGGAAUUGGCAGAUUCCAAUCAAAGAAUGGAACUGGAAGGAAAGCCCGCCGAAUGUGCGAGAGAAUGGUCAGUGGGACGAGAAGGACUGGGAUGAAGUAAUUCAACUGUUUUGAGACUUCGAUGGGGAAAUAUUUAUGAGUCACUUUUUGUAUUUCUGUCAAUAAUUUAUAAUUAAAAAAAACAACAUCUGA